CUUCCAAUUCCAUCAGGGAAUUUUGUCAUAAACAUUUCCUUUCAAUAUUUGAGAUAUUCUCGAGACGACAUAAUCGGUGAAGUGUUUUGUGCUUUGAACUCAAUCGACAUCAAUCAGGCUGAAAAUCAGCAAAUCGCCUUGUGCAGAGAAAUUCAACCUCGCAGUCUAAAGAUUCGAUCCCAAGGACGUGGCGAAUUACUUGUGUCCUUGUGCUGGCAGCCUGCUGCUAAUAGGUUAACUGUUGUCGUCCUGAAGGCUCGCAAUCUCCCGAAAAUGGACGUAACAGGUUUGGCUGAUCCCUACGUCAAGAUUUAUCUCCUUUAUAAUGGUCAGCGCAUCGCAAAGAAAAAGACUCACGUUAAGAAGAGAACACUGAGUCCUGUCUUUAACGAAAGUUUUGUUUUUGAUAUUCCGUCUGGCGGCGAAGAAUUGACCAACGUUAGUUUAGAGUUCUUACUCCUUGACUGGGAUAGGGUCACCAAAAAUGAAGUUAUAGGAAGGUUAGAAUUGGGCGGACCCAAGUGCACUGGCAGUGCCCUUCACCAUUGGAACGAGGUUUGUAAUUCGCCAAGGAGGCAAAUAGCCGAUUGGCACAAAUUACGCGAAUAAUACCAAUAAAUUCGUUAACUAAUUAUUAUUACAGUUACAUAAACAGUAACCCAUUUAGCUAUCGUUUAAAGAAUUUUCUGUAGUCUGGCAAUUGAAAAUAUCGAUGUGCUGACAUUAACGAAAUACAAAAUAACAACAAAUACCUACACCAAAAACGUAGUCUUACUUACGUAUAAAAAUAAUGGUUAGUUAAAUAGCAAUUAAAUGUACGAGGUACUCUACCAUCCCUAAGGCAUCUUAUUUUAAGUUGUGGACAGUGUCCAGAAUUCGUGUACAACAUUUAGCUUAAUGUGAUAGGACUGACAAAUAUUUACGUAAUGUAAACAUAAAGAUAUAUGUAAAUGUAACGCUUAGGUUACAAUAGGUAAAAUAUAAAUUAAACAAUUUUCAGAUUUUUUAUCCUAAAACUGCAAUUUGAUUAAAAAAAAAGUCCAAAAUCUUUGAGUGAUAUCCUUUUGGAUUAUAACGUUUUUAUACAUUUUUACUUACGCUUAACAAAAAAAUAAUUGAAAACAUUUUUCCUUUGUUUUGUUUUGUUUUUAAAUCAGCAAUAACAUUCUAGCGCUGAUUUAAAUUGCAAAAUUUGAACCUCAAAGAUAAAUGUUAUUGUUCUGUAAAUACACAGGUAUAAAGUAAUGUAAUUCAUUAUGAUUUGGUUUUAUAAUUACCAAAAAGUCUAUUGUUGAUGUUUAAUAGAUAAAGUGCAUAAAAAGUAUGUAGAUGCUAGAGCAAAGAUGUAACACUAAUUAUUAUAUAGCAAAAAAAAAUAGUAGACAAAAAGUCAACAUCUAUUUGUAGCAUUUACUCGCGUAGCAAUUGUGAAUCCAGAAUUAGUGUAACAAUAUAAUAUAUUUGUUAAUAUCAUAAUUUGUUAGCGGUAGCACCCAUCAGACAAAAGGUCAGUUCGUUGAUUAAUGUAAAUAACAUCUGACAGCUUUCCUUUUUGUUUUUAUGAAUGAUUUAUUAACUUCUGAUUAACUCAUUUAAGUCAGUAAUUUAGUUGUUACAAAAAUUAAAAACCGAAUCGACAACAAUUUGGGUAAAUUUUCUGGACACACCCGAUUGAGAAUAGUUUUUACGGUGUCCAUGUCAUAUGACGUUUAAUUUUCGAAAAUGACUAAAAGUAAAAUUGUUAAAGGUUGUGGAGUUCUAACACUGUACCUACAAGUAUUUCGUACAUUGUUACCAUUAUUUUCAAGCUUUUUUUUUCUGUUUUUAACAAUUACCUUUAGAAAUGGCUACGGUUAAAACCGCCUUCUACUUUUCUACAACUUCUAUUACGUUAUAGAUACAAAAAUGUAUGAAAUAAUAACAAAAUUUUGUGGAAACGCAAAGGCAUAUUCAACCAAACCGGAAAUACGUAAUAAACACGUAUUAAAUUAGAGUUAGGCAUAAGAAGACUGUACAAAAAGGCGAAAUUUGGGACACAACAAAAAAGCGGGAAAUUUUAAGCAGAAAAUUAAUGUAUGCUUAAAAUAAUAAAGUAGACUGCUAAACAAAUGCACCGUUGUUUCAGCUGCCCAAGCUUUCAAAGCUGCAAUGGGCUCUAGCCACUUUUUUUUGCUGUCCCGAAUUAAAAGUAGAAUAGGAAGAAAGUGGUUGAAUUUGUCUUUUAAUUAAAAUUUAUCUACACGUUGCAUUAAAAUAAAAUGCAUAAUAAGUAAAUUUGCAACGAAUACAGUGUGCUCGAUCUAGAAUGCUGUAAUUUCGACUAUUUUUUGUAUCACAAAGCAUUAUGUGAAAUAUUUAUUACAAAAGUGCGAAAAUUAUGUACUUUUAAUUAUUUCUAAUUGGGCUCAUUUUAUAGAAAUGAAUUAUUAAUAACUAGCUUUUUCUUAGGUGUUCACUAAACAGUGGUAUUGGUAAAAUUAAUUUCUUAAUUAAUUAUAUACUUUUUUACUUUUAUAAUUCUG